AUGUCUGGGCCCGCCCCCGUCACGGCGCCACCGCUCACCAUCUUCUACGACGGCAGGGUGGUGGUGUUCGAGGACUUUCUAGCGGAGAAGGCGGUCGAGGUCAUGCGCCUCGCGGCCGGUGACGACUUGCCCAUCGCCCGGAAGGCGACGCUGCAGCGAUUCCUGGCCAAGCGCAAGGACCGCCUCGUCAAGCGCGUGGCCCUACACCCGCCCAUCGUCCCCCACGGAGGAGCUGGAGAAGAAGACGGGCAAGCCGGCCUCGGCCUCGGCCACAUGCUCGACAAAAUGACUGUUGAUGGAAUUGAAAUUCUUGUUGUGAAGCAGGCAUGCAAAUUUGCAAAAGAUCACGAUGUCUCAAAUGGCCAUAUUGUGAGCCGCCGCAGCCAAGAGGAAGCGCGGGCAUAGGAGCUGCCACUGGGAGCAAGCACGGGGAGGUGCGCAGGUGGCACGCUCACCACGACACAGUGGCUAGGUUGUCCUAGAUCUCCCAACCACGCGGGGUCAUCGAAUAUGAGUGUCUGCGAUUUGGUACGCGUUGGACUGGGCUGCGAUUAAUAAAAAAUUUAAAUCCUGCCCAUGUGAGAAAAAUACAUAUUUAUUUUUUGUUUCUAAUUUUUAAUUGUUUUAUUUAUUGUUUGAAAUUCAAUAGUUCAUACUAAUUAGGGGCAAUUGGUAGAACAGGACCCAUGUAUUCCUCUCUUUGCAGGUGCUCAACCAUGAAUCCAUGAAUCUUGAUUAGUACAAGUUCAAUCAUGUUAUUGCGAUAGCUACAGCUAGGAAGGAAGCUAAAUGUUUUCACUAUCUAUAUCUAAGAACAACACUCUACAUGUGAAUUCACGGUCAGGU